AAGCGGUUUCUCGGUCUACGCCUGGACACAGCCAACUCUCGUUCUUCGAUAGAUAACAAUGAGUUCUGUACGCCCACCACUCAUCCUGAUAAUCAGGGUGUGACCCCGCAAACAACCUCUCCAUGGAGGAUACCGUCCUUGGACUCUCCCACCAACGGCAUAUCAAUUGAUGAUGAACCUAUCCCCAAUCCGUGUCUUCCUCCUACCACAAAUAGUCCAAUAGGGCGUACCUUCAUUUCGCCUAGACCUCCUCCCACUCUUUGUGUGGAUGGCAUUGAACUGAAUGGUGAGCGGACAUCAAGCCGUGUAUCCCCGGUCGAGGCUAGUCGAAAUUACUAUCCCAAACGCGUAUUUCACGAUAAGUCCCAACGCGAGGGUAGCAGCGGCGUGUACGGGCCGUCAAUCUUUACGCAAAGCAGCAUUGAUCUCUCCGCUCCGCGUUCGGAGAUGUAUGCAGGCACCGAGGAUCCUGGAGGUUUGACCGUAGAUGAUACGACACUAUCUGUGUUUGGUCGUGGACCUGGCGGUGGUCAAAAGGGACGAGCCUACGAAUACUGGACGCCACAACUAUAUAGCAAUGGAUGGGAGGUACCCGCAUGA